UCGACGACUUUGCCAUUCGCAAUGUAAGAAUCAUUCUCAUUUCGCCUUCGAAUCUGUCCCAUUUUUUUUCUCUAUGAUCUUAGUCUUUUACACCAUCGAUUUAUUGUGCCGGCUUGUUCUUAAUAGACGCGACCAGACGAACUCGACAACUUCAUUAGUAUCCUCGAAGCAGCUGCUCAAUGGCUCGAAGAUCAGAACGUCAAACAAUGGCCACCAGGCAUGUUUUCCAAUCCCGCCGGGCGUUCCGCAAUCCUGACAGCCAUUGAUGCAAAGCAAUGUUUCAUGAUCGACCAUCGCCCUGUGGAUGCGUCUUCCCACACUGAGAUCGAUUCUCAGAUCGCCGGGAUAUUCGUCCUGAACUACAACGACCCAUUUGACGAGAUCUUGUGGAAGGACUUUGCGGAAGACUGGAUGGAUGCGUUGUACCUGCACCGCCUAGUCAUUCAGAAGCCCUUUCAGGGUUCUGGGCUGACUGCAAAGGUUAUCGAGUACGCAGAGGAGAAGGUCAAGGAGGCUGGUCGGCAUUAUUUGAGGAUGGAUUGCAUUGCGGGCAAUGCAAGGCUGAGGCGGUUUUAUGGAGAGAGAUGUCGUGGUAGGGAGAAGGGUGGGUUGCAGGAGGUGGGGACGGUACGGAACAGAGAGUUGGGAUUGGAGUUCGCGAGGUUUGAGAUCCAAGUCGUACGCAGCUGAACAGCGCGCCCAUUGCAACAUACUCCAACAUACCAUUGCAUGCAAUCGAAUAAAGGGUUGUAAUACCGAAUUGUUGAGGGCGUCUUUGGGUCCUGUUGGAGGGAAUGCAUGAGCUCAAGAAGGAUCAUGAACACCAUGGGGGCUCGCUCAUCAUGACUCAUGCGCUUAUCGUCAAAGAGGCUACUUUGGCGGCGUAAGGGCCAACUGCGCUCUCGGCCUGGUCAGAGUCCAGCUCAACUCGCACAAAACGUUAUAAAACCAGUCAACGGGAUCCAAGCAGAUC